CCUUUCCCUUCUGUGGUCUCUGUGCAUUUCUUUACUCCCCCUCCUUCGUCUCCACUCCUGUCUACUCUCCGCCGUCCUCCAAAGUCCCUGGCUCUCCCCACUCCAGAAAGCUCGGGCUCUACCCUUUCUGCCCCUCCCCAGACAAGUGUCCAGCUCCACGGGGGCAGCCCGCCCGCCGCCCGGCUCAAUCCCUGCCCACCUACUGUGAGGAACAGCUCCGCCCACCUGUCCAUAAAAGCCAAGUGCAAGUUACCCGCAGAGCGCAGAGGAUCAGAGCCCUUCCACGGUCCUCUCCGUGGGAGCCCGAGUCCCUGCCUCCCAGAUCUUACGUGCUCAAGAAGCUGUUCUCUGAAUCAAGCAAACCCUGUGAAGAGACUGGACCCAGCCCCAGGGGUAUUACAAGAAGAAUCAAGCAAGGACUUUGGUCCUCAAUUUUACUGGCCAGCCAAGCCUAAAUGUGAUGGCUGUGCCACCCAGGCCUCUACAGCUGCUGGGAAUACUGCUCACCAUUUCCCUGAGCUCUGUCAGACUCACUCAGGCCGGUGCCUACUAUGGAAUCAAGCCUCUGCCACCUCAAAUUCCUCCUCAGAUGCCACCACAAAUUCCACAGUACCAGCCAUUGGGCCAGCAAGUACCUCACAUGCCUUUGGGAAAAGAUGGCCUUUCCAUGGGCAAGGAGAUGCCCCACAUGCAGUAUGGCAAAGAGUACCCACACCUACCCCAGUAUAUGAAGGAAAUCCAACCUGUGCCAAGAAUGGGCAAGGAAGUGGUGCCCAAAAAAGGCAAAGGAGAAAUACCAUUAGCCAGUUUGCGAGGAGAACAAGGUCCCCGUGGAGAACCUGGACCAAGAGGACCACCUGGGCCACCAGGUUUACCAGGUCAUGGGAUGCCCGGAAUCAAAGGAAAACCAGGGCCCCAGGGAUAUCCAGGAAUUGGAAAGCCGGGUAUGCCUGGGAUGCCCGGGAAGCCAGGAGUCAUGGGAAUGCCAGGGGCAAAAGGCGAAAUUGGACCCAAAGGGGAAAUCGGACCUAUGGGAAUCCCAGGGCCACAGGGACCUCCAGGACCUCAUGGACUUCCUGGCAUCGGGAAACCGGGUGGGCCAGGGUUACCAGGGCAACCAGGAGCAAAAGGUGAGAGAGGGCCCAAAGGACCACCAGGACCUCCAGGCCUUCAGGGUCCUAAAGGAGAGAAGGGCUUCGGUAUGCCUGGCUUGCCAGGUCUGAAGGGUCCUCCAGGUAUACAUGGCCCUCCUGGCCCAGUUGGGCUACCAGGAGUAGGAAAACCAGGAGUGACGGGCUUUCCUGGACCACAGGGUCCUCUGGGGAAGCCGGGGCCUCCGGGGGAACCUGGACCACAAGGCCUUAUUGGAGUGCCAGGAGUUCAAGGACCUCCUGGGGUGCCUGGAGUUGGAAAGCCGGGUCAGGAUGGAAUCCCUGGCCAGCCAGGAUUUCCAGGUGGUAAAGGGGAACAAGGAUUGCCGGGGUUGCCUGGACCCCCAGGCCUCCCAGGGGUCGGAAAACCAGGCUUUCCAGGACCCAAAGGGGACCGGGGUAUUGGGGGCGUUCCUGGGGCUCUUGGACCGAGAGGGGAAAAGGGACCAGUAGGUGCUCCUGGAAUGGGGGGUCCACCUGGAGAGCCAGGCCUACCAGGAAUCCCGGGUCCCAUGGGCCCUCCAGGGGCUAUUGGUUUCCCUGGACCCAAAGGAGAAGGUGGGGUUGUAGGACCACAGGGUCCACCAGGUCCCAAAGGAGAGCCUGGCCUCCAAGGCUUCCCUGGGAAGCCAGGUUUUCUCGGUGAAGUAGGUCCCCCUGGCAUGAGGGGUUUGCCCGGUCCUAUAGGACCCAAGGGAGAAGCUGGUCACAAAGGGUUGCCAGGGCUUCCUGGUGUUCCAGGGCUGCUUGGACCGAAAGGAGAACCUGGCAUACCUGGGGAUCAGGGUCUACAGGGUCCCCCAGGCAUUCCAGGGAUUGUUGGACCUAGUGGCCCUAUUGGACCCCCUGGGAUUCCGGGUCCCAAAGGAGAACCAGGCCUCCCAGGGCCCCCUGGGUUCCCUGGUGUAGGGAAGCCAGGAGUAGCAGGACUUCACGGUCCCCCAGGGAAACCUGGUGCCCUUGGGCCUCAAGGCCAGCCUGGCCUUCCUGGACCCCCAGGCCCUCCAGGGCCCCCAGGCCCCCCAGCUGUGAUGCCCCCUACACCAUCACCCCAGGGAGAGUAUCUGCCAGAUAUGGGACUAGGAAUUGAUGGAGUGAAACCUCCACAUGCCUAUGCAGGCAAAAAGGGCAAGAAUGGAGGGCCAGCCUAUGAAAUGCCCGCAUUUACUGCCGAGCUGACUGUGCCUUUCCCGCCGGUGGGGGCGCCAGUGAAGUUUGACAAGCUGCUCUACAAUGGCAGACAGAACUAUAACCCGCAGACCGGCAUUUUCACUUGUGAAGUCCCGGGUGUCUACUACUUUGCUUAUCAUGUUCACUGCAAGGGAGGCAAUGUAUGGGUUGCUCUCUUCAAGAACAACGAGCCCAUGAUGUACACAUACGAUGAGUACAAGAAGGGCUUUCUGGACCAGGCAUCUGGAAGCGCAGUACUGCUGCUCCGGCCCGGAGACCGGGUGUUCCUCCAAAUGCCUUCAGAACAGGCUGCUGGACUCUAUGCCGGGCAAUAUGUCCACUCCUCCUUUUCAGGAUAUUUAUUGUAUCCCAUGUAAAAAAAAAAAAAGAAAAGAAAAGAAAAGAAAAGAAAAAUAAGAGAUUUAAUAGAAGAAAAGAAUAUGACACACCAAAAAAAAAAAAAUCCAAUUGAAAACAGUGCUUCAAAACAUUUAUAAUAGUUGGAACGUUAUAUUUAAGUGAAAGUUUGGACCAUCAUGUACAAAUAAAAACUUAACUGCAUGUUUAAUCCUGUUCACAGCAGAUUGUAAUGGAAUGAUGGGACAGAUGUAUGGAUCAAGUACUGACACAUGUGUUGUAGCCAGUGGACUCAUAUUAGCUGUUCCAUGUUAUAUGAUUUCAUAACCUGCCUAUUCAAAUCAGUCAAAAUAUCUCAGUCUGGAACAUCAUAGCUAAUUAAAGUCAUUCAUCCUUUGUGCUCCCUUAAAAGGGUAUUUUUGAAUAUGCCUUAAGAGGUUGGUGGUGAUAGUUACAUACUGUAUUUAUUUGCAUACCUUCCUCUCUAUUCAUGCAGGUGUUUUGCUGUGGGAUGUAGGUGGGCUCUUCUGUAGUGCAGGGUCCACGGUAAUCUCUAGUCCAAAGGAUAUUUCUCCAUGUUAGAGGCAAUGCUUUGAGCUGCAGAAUUGCCUAGUCAGGAUUGUGUGGAUGUGUGUGAUGUCCCCAAAAGAAGAGGUGUUCCAAUGGCCCAUUGCAUAUUUGCUCAGCAGUCUAUUUGCCUAGCAACUGGGUGAGAUGCUAGCGUGGGAUGCAGGGCAGAGCCCACAGGAGCUCAUAAUUUAGCUCAGAGACAUUAACAUUCCAACUCGUCUGAAUCAUUUCAGUUUAGGAUUUUUCUAACUUGAUUUUCUUUCUUUCUUUCUUCCUCUUCCUCUUCUUCUUUCUCUCCUUCCUCCUCCUCCUCCUCCUCCAC